GAUCCAUCCCAGCAACGUGAACCUCGUGGAUAUAGUGACUGGAGACACAACAGGCAGCCCGGACCGAAGAACAACAAUGAUGCGCUCGUUAUCGCCGAGAGAAUAAGAAGCCGAGCCCACCCCUUCCACUUGACAACGCGACAUCAACCAGGCAGAAAGGCUUACUUCUCAUCGUUCCAUCCUCCAUCCACCCUAACCUGCCGUGUUGGGGAAACCGCUAAUGAGUGGGACCUGUAUCCAUGAGGCCCGUGCCCCUUCCCCCUCCCUGUCAGGCUUCAGCACCCCCAUCUCAGAAACACCCUAUCGAAGAAUCGAUGGAGACACCCCCGCCUGCACGCCCGAAACGGACCUGACCCCCACACAGUGUGUCCUCCGUAACGUGCUGUCCAUCGACACCGGUGGGCAGGCGGCGCCGAGCGGCAGCAGCCCCACUGCCAGCGAUGGACCCUCAGCCCACUUUGACAACAGCGUGCUAAAGCUACAUGAACAUGAGGCCUGCCAGUGGGGCGGCGCCGAGGCCGGGCACAGCCCCGAGGCCGGUGCUGUCCGGAGCCAGUCGGACAACAUUCGGCUACAAUCGGGAAGUGGAGGAUUUUUGGAGGGACUGUUUGGGUGCCUGAAACCAGUCUGGACCAUGCUUGGAAAGGCCUACUCCACUGAAAACAAACAUAGCUAUGAAGAGUCCUGGGAGGUGCCUUUUGAAGAAAUCUCCGACCUGCAGUGGGUCGGCAGCGGGGCGCAGGGCGCCGUCUUCCGCGGCAAGUUCCACGGGAACGACGUGGCCGUGAAGAAAGUGCGGCACAUCAAGGAGACGGAGAUCAAACACCUGCGCAAACUCAAGCACCCCAACAUCAUCACUUUUAAGGGCGUGUGCACCCAGGCUCCUUGUUACUGUAUCUUGAUGGAAUACUGCGCCCAAGGCCAGCUGUAUGAAGUGCUGAGGGGGUGUCGCAAAAUCAUCCCCGCGCUCCUGGUUGACUGGGCCAUGGGCAUUGCGGGUGGUAUGAACUACCUGCACCUCCACAAAAUCAUCCAUCGAGACCUCAAGUCCCCCAACAUGCUGAUCACACACGAUGACCUGGUGAAGAUCUCAGACUUCGGCACCUCGAAGGAGCUCAGUGACAAGAGCACCAAGAUGUCAUUCGCCGGCACCGUAGCCUGGAUGGCUCCUGAAGUCAUCCGGAACGAGCCGGUGUCGGAAAAGGUGGACAUCUGGUCCUUUGGAGUGGUGCUGUGGGAGAUGCUAACUGGAGAGGUCCCUUACAAAGACGUGGACUCGUCUGCCAUCAUCUGGGGUGUGGGGAACAACAGCCUCCAGCUGCCCAUCCCGGAGAGCUGCCCCGACGGCUUCAAGGUCCUCCUCAGGCAGUGCUGGAACUGUAAGCCACGGAAUAGGCCCUCUUUCCGUCAGAUCCUUCUUCAUCUGGAUAUCGCGUCGGCCGAUGUGCUGUCCACUCCGCAAGAGACGUACUUCAAGUCUCAGGCUGAAUGGCGAGAAGAGGUGAAACAACACUUUGAGAAGAUUAAAUCUGAGGGCACUUGUAUCCACCGACUCGACGAGGAGCUGAUCAACCGACGCAGAGAGGAACUCAGGCAUGCUUUGGACAUCCGCGAGCACUACGAGAGGAAGCUGGAUAGAGCGAACAACCUUUACAUGGAGCUCAGCGCGGUCAUGCUGCAGCUGGAGCUCAAAGAGAAAGAGUUGCAGAGGAGAGAGCAGUCUUUGGAUAAAAAGUAUCCCGGUUUGUUCAAGCAAAGCUCCAGGCAGAGCAGCUCCUCCAACACCAUGGACAAACUCAUCAAUAAGAGAAAUGUGCCACAGAAACUGCCCUCAGGAAAGAGGCCAGACAUCCUCAAGUCUGAGGUAAUCAUUCCAAAAAUGGACUCCUCUGUGACGCAAGUGACGAUACCAGCCUGUCCCAACAGAAGCUCCACUUCUCCCAGUCGGUCUCGGAGGGUGAAGACCCGCCAUCGCAAGCCUGGUAAGGGCAGCAGCGGGGACCUGGCUGGACUUAAGGCAAACCAGUCCUCCCCGAAUCGGGACAAAAGCGCCGAGGCUAACGGAUCGACCACCAACGCCUCCAAGCAGCUCCUGGAGCCCUCCGCAGCCCAGCGGGGCCUCGGCCACGAGCAGCAGCAGAGGCAGCUGUCCUCCUCCAGCCCGGACCUCAUCUGCACCGCACUGGAGGCCGAGGGCCAGAGGAAAGGGGAGGUCUUUGUGGGCGGGCUGGAGAGAUCGGGGAGCCUCAGCGCCUCCGCGGGGUUAGGGGGUUCAGAGGCGGGGGCGGCCGGUCUGGACGACCUCACAGAAACGCCGCCGCGCAGCGACACGCCGAGCGAGGACGCGGCGUCGUUCCCGUUCUCCAGCAGCCCCGACUCGCCGUGCGGGAGAGGGGCGGCGGCAGGGCGGGGCUCUCUGGGAUCUCCUCGUCUGCCUCACGACGGGGAGGAGAAAGAGGAGGGAGCCGGCGCCGUCCGGUCGCCCCGCGGGGCGUCCGGAGGGAUCGGGAGUCAGCACCUCACUCCUUCAGCCAUCCUGUACAGGGCGGCCAUCUCACGCAAACAGAGGCGUGGAGUGUCAUCAGAAGAAGAGGAGGGUGAAGUUGACAGUGAGGUUGAGUUACCACGGAGACGACGUCCGACGAGCAUCACCAAGUGCCCGUCGGUGUCCACCUUCAGCUCAGAGAACCUGUCCGUGUCGGACGGCGAGGAGGGCCACACCACUGACCACUCUCACAGCGGCACCCCCGACGUGGUCAGCACCAACACGGACGACCGCUUGGACGACCGCAGCGACGACCUCCUCUCUCAGGGGUCGGAGAUCCCGGCGGACAACACUGAUCCGGCGCAGGCUUCCGGUGGCCUGUUGGAGAGAGACCCAGCGCCGGGGCCGGCCAGGGCUCAGCUGGACAUCGGGCAGAAUCCUAAUGAGUGUCGGGCCCUGUGUGACGACUCUGACUGCGACAGCGCAGAGCUGGACCAGUCGGGUAGCGGAGAGCCAAGUCGUCCCCCCAGCGCCGGAGCGUGGGGGUCUCAGCCCCAUCAGGGGUCUCCACUGGGCCCCGCUACAGGACCUCCAUAGAUCACUGGCUGCGAGCCAACACCUCAAACUACUAGUAAUGCAGUACGUUACCGUGGUGACGAGGGAUCACACCUCCUGCACCACUCAGACUAUGACAAGUGGACUUAUGGUGUUGGCAUAGGACAUUUGUCAUAACCUGACAUCCGAUAUUUUGGCAGCUUGUGACAUCCGAUAAAUGUCAUUUAAGUUCAGUAGUUUUUUUUUGUUUCAGGCAAAAUAGUUACCGAGGUAACCAUAGUCACUGCUCCAGCAGAAACCCUUCCACAGACGCACACGCACGCACAAGGUACCACACUUGUUGUCCUUUAAACAUUAAUCCUCACUCUGGGAGCAUCCUCCAUGAUACUCCGCACACUAAUGCAUCAAAUAUCCAUGACAUACCACAUGAGAAAUAUCUAACUUUAUUUUAUUUGUAAGAUAUAAAAAAAAAUGUAAACAGUAUGCAGCCCUGGGAACAAAUGCAUGACUACAUGUUUAUAAUUUAUGAUUCGAAUGUGUCGGUUUUAUAUUUUGUGAAAGUUUACACUUUUUUAAAUCCUGAAAGUAUUACUUCAGUUACUUAUUUUUUGUUUUGUUAAUAAAUGUCAGCACUCAAGAAAAAAAUAAUGGAAAGAAAAUCUCAUCAAGAUGUCAAUCAUGAUGCUUAAUUAGGAUUCUCAGUAGGUACUAUAUUAUUUUUUAACCCUCCUACUACUGAGUUUCAAAUAUACAAAAGACAUGAGUUUUUUAAUUUAUUAAGAUUUAUCAAAGAAUGAUAUGAGACCUUUGGGUUGACUCAGAAAAUGCACUUUUGCCAUUGUAUGGUUUGAACAUUGUCGUUUGUGAUUUUAUUCGUAGGAUGUGAAAUGAGUCCCUACCAUUGCUAACCAAGGUACUAUAUAAGUAACACACUGGUGCUCUAGUAAAGGAGUACUUGCCCUCCUAUAACAUUGUCAGACUCCUAAUGAACUGUUUAAGAAAGAAAAGUGCAGAAUCGAUGCAGCAGAACCAGAAAUAACGGCAUCUUUAAUCUUUCUUUCUGGUCAAAGCCUCGCACCUACAUUACCCACAAUGCAACUCAAUUCAGUUUAGCAUUACGCUGGCAGCGACUGACGUAUCCAGUGAUGAGGAGCGUAAGAACACCUCCAUUGUAACUCCACACCUCUUAUUUUAAUCCAUUUCUCCAAAAACAAUGCAGACUCAAAUGACAUCACACGUAGAUGUAUAAAAAAGAAAAGGAAAAAAGAUUUAUACAACUUUGUAAAUCUUCGCGUGUAAAAUGGGUGAGAGUUCCCCUUUAAGUUUAGAACCAAAAGGACUCCUGUAGUUCAUAAGCUUCAUAAGAACCUCGACGUUCCCUUCACCCUUUAAGAUAACUGCUGAUAGCCAGAUAAGGAAUAGAGCACUUCUCCGUGGUGGUUAUUAGAACUGUAAGUAUCCUUUGGGUUUAAAUAGAAAUGUUUUCUUUUUAUACAGCAUUGCACAUUGUACCUGUAACAUAGGAAUUAUAUCGAAAGCAAAAUAUGAGUAACAAUAAAUAAUGUAUUGCUUAAAAAAAUAAUAAGUAUGAUGUUUGUUUAAAAAAAAAAAAGCGGGUCGUGUCAUAGCUAGUUUGUUCUGUUGCGUCGAUAAAGACAGCUGAACGAGAAAUAAAUGCCUAUUUUCAAUGACUUUAAGCAUGUCCAACCUGUUCAAGUGUCUUUUCUUGAUUUACAACAUUUACACACUUUACGAUAAUAAUAAUAAUUCCACAAGACAGAACCAUGUUUUUUGAUUA